AUGAAGCCGGCCGCCAGCGGCGCUGCAGAUCCUCCAUCACCGUCAACAGCGUCGGCAGACAAUAGCGCAGGGAGGAGGAGGCAGCACCGGGCUCCCUCGCCGGCUACAGCCCAGGAAGGGGCAACCAAGCGAGCUCCAAGACACCCAGGCAGGUCCAGGUCUCCUCUUCCCGCAGGAAAAAGCCGACACGGGGACAGUUUGAGGUCCGCAGACGGAAGGGAGAGGGAGCCCGAGAGCCGCGGCGGCGCAGCUGUUCACCCGGAUGGUGCUGAAGCUGAUGUAGUCGGACCAAACAGGGCGGAUGCUGUCGGGGAAGAGCCGACAGAUUCAUCAGCAGCGGCCCGUCGCUCCGCUUUGCGCCUGCCCUGCCUCAAAGGCGACUCCCCCCACUGUCUGUUGCCCGGCACAGCUUCGCCUCCGUCGGCAGAGAAAGGGAGGAAACCCGGCGAGGAAGGAGGCCGUCGGGAGAGGAGGCGGAGGAGGGGCUGCGGCGCGGGCCUCGGUUUGGGUUUGUGGAGGGGAGGAUGCUUGCAGGCUGAACUCAUCCAGUUCCACCUGCAGAAGAGACUGAGAAAAAGCGGGGCGAAGAUGCAAACCAUGGCGGACAACAUGGGGACAGAGGAGGCCGCCCUGGGAGAGUCGGAGCCGGCUGCGGAGGCGGUAGAGGCGGGGUCCGUGACACAGCAGGAGGACCAGGCCUUUGAAGACGAGAUGGAGAGACUGCUGGACGAAAACGAAGAUCUUAAGUGUGAAAUUGAGGAGAUGAGGACCGAGAUGGACGAGAUGCGGGACACCUUCUACGAGGAAGACACGUGUCAGCUGCAGGAGAUGAGGCGUGAGCUGGAGAGGGCCAAUAAAAACUGCCGGAUCCUGCAGUACCGUCUGAGGAAGGCCGAGAGGAAGAGGCUGCGCUACGCCCAGACGGGGGAGAUCGAUGAGGAGCUGCUCAGGAGUCUGGAGCAGGACCUGAAGGUGGCGAAGGAUGUGUCCGUGAGGCUGCACCACGAGCUGGAAAAGGUGGAGGAGAAGCGCACGAAGACGGAGGAGGAGAAUGAAAAGCUGAGGCAGAAACUCAUCGAGGUCGAAGUGACCAAACAAGCCCUGCAGAAUGAACUAGAAAAAACCAAAGAGUCUCAAAAGAGAAGAGGAAGCAAGGACAUCCAGAAGACCGACAGGAAAUUAGCACAGACUCCUACAGAGGAGGACAACGAGGACCUCAAGUGCCAGCUAGCUUUCAUCAAAGAGGAAGCGGUGCUCAUGAGAAAGAAGACGGCCAAGAUUGACAAAGAGAAGGACCGUCUGGAGCAAGAGCUGCAGAAGUACCGCUCCUUCUACGGUGAGCUGGACAGCACCCAUCAUAAAGGAGAGGCCGGGGGUCCGCCCACCACCCGGGAGUCUGAGCUGAAGCUCCGGCUCCGCCUGGUUGAGGAGGAGGCCAACAUCCUGGGGAGAAAAAUAGUGGAGUUGGAGGUUGAGAACCGGGGCCUGAGGGCCGAGCUCGACGACCUCCGCGGGGACGCCGAGGGUGACGGGUGCGGCGCGUCGGGUGGCUCGGGGCGAGGCCUCGGAGACGAUGUGACGGAGCUCCGACAGCAGCUGCAGCUGGUGGAGGAUGAGGCGGAGCUGCUGAGGAGGAACCUGGCUGACGUUGAAGAUCAAAACAAGAAAGUGACCACUGAGCUGAACAAGCUACGGUUCAAAGCCAGCACCCACGAGGGGAGCGGCAGGCACGGGGGCGGAGCGGGAGGUGGAGGGAUCGACGGAGCGAAGGCGGAAGCCCUGCAGGAGGAGUUAAAGGCAGCGAGGCUACAGAUUAAUGACCUAAGUGGCAAGGUGAUGCAGCUGCAGUACGAGAACCGCGUGCUCCUCUCCAACAUGCAGCGCUACGACCUGGCCUCCCACCUCUCCCUGCGGCCCAGCCCGCGGGACAGCGACGCAGAGAGCGAUGCCGGCGGCGCGGCGAGCGGUCGCCGGGAGAGCGACGAGGACUCCAAUUCCUCCCGCCUCCUCCCACCCCACCGCAAACGCGAGGGCCCCGUGGGUGGCGAGAGCGACUCGGAUGAGGUCAGAAACAAUAACGGCGGCAGCCGCUGCCUGACGCCCACGCGGGGCCUCUACACCCCCACUGGGCCCGAGGGCGGCGGCGGCGGCGCCUCCUCCGCCUUGGCCCGCUUCCUGCCCGGCGGCCGGUGCAGCCUGCGCGAAAGGCAGCACAUGACCGACAUCCGCGCCGAGGCGGAGAGGCUCGUCCGGACCAUCGACCGGCUCAUCGCCGACACGGCCACCAUCAUCUCGGAGGCGAGGGUCUUCGUUUCGAACGGCGACCUGAUGUUCGGGAGGGGAGGGGAGGAGGGCGGAGAGGAAGACGGGGGCAGGAUUAGGGAACACGAGCUGCUGUAUCGCAUUAACGCCCAGAUGAAGGCCUUCCGCAAAGAACUGCAGACCUUCAUAGACAGACUGGAGGUGCCGAGGCUCGAGGACCGGGACGCGGAGGAGCCACUGUCGAUGUUCCAGCCUAUCAUUUUGCUCAUCCUCAUACUCGUGUUAUUCUCAUCCCUCUCUUACGCCACCAUCUUUAAACUAGUCUUUCUUUUUACUCUUUUCUUUGUUCUGUGA